CCGGUUAGACAAAAAUCAUCAGGUGAGAACCUUUGACAAGCCGCCGGCUUCCUGUCCUGGUCUAGGCCACUAGAGAGAUAGUGGUCUGGGAAACCCGGGAACACUAACCCAUUUAUCCUGAUACCCAAGGUUACAAGAUGGGGGACUAUUACGAUGCAUCGUUUGAGAUCCAGUGUCCGGCAUGUAGAUGUACAAAGUAUCGUAACCCACAGAUGAAACUGAUGGUUAACGUGUGCGGCCAUCCACUGUGCGAUUCUUGUGUGAAAAUGUACUUCAUAAAAGAAUCUGGUCAGUGCAGUGAAUGUGGUAUGGUUCUUAAACGAUCAAAAUUUCGAGUGCAGGUGUUUGAAGACCCAGUGGUUGAGAAAGAGAUUGAUAUACGCAGAAAGGUAAUGAAGGUGUAUAACAUGACUGAAGAUGACUUUUCCUCACUUGAAGAAUGGAACAAGUACCUGGAGGAGAUAGAGGAAAUCGUGUACAAUAUGACUAAUGACAUCAAUCGUGCAGAGAUGGAGAAAAAGGUAGAAAAUUAUGAACGAAUGCACAAAAAUGAUAUUAGGAAGAACUAUAUAAAAAAGAGUCGAGAUUUGGAGGAGAUAGAUAGAGUCCUGGAUGCUGAAAUGUUGAGAACACUAGAGAGACAAAAACUGCAAAAGGAAGAAAUUGAAAAGUCAAAAUUAAGUCGUGAACGGACGAAAACAAAUCUGAUAAAGGAUCUGAUGGCCUCUGAAGGAGAUGCUUCUCUCAUCGUACAGUCUCAUGCUGACCGCUUGAAGGAAGAACAGCAGCGAGAAAAUAAGAAGAAGAAAGAGCUGGAACUAGCCAUGGCUCAGGCCAAUCUUAAGAGUAAUGAGUUCUCAUCUGGAGUGAAAAUUGGCUUUGCUGCAUUGGGCAAAGCUCCCAUUUUAAUGAAAGAAGAACUUUACCAGUAUGAGCCUCCUAAGCUUGCAAAUUCCUUACCUGCUCCUACCUGGGAUGAAUUGGAGGCGGGCGGAUAUUUGAAUCACGUCCGCAGAGCGUCUCCCCAAGCAAAUGCUGGAGGUUAUACCGAACAUUAUGCAUGCCUCAGGGCUCUACAGGACUUCAUGUCUUCACACUUCUUAACCAGAGGUGCCUUUGAUCAUAGCAGCGCCUUAGGAGUUAAAAGAGUUGGCAUGUGAUUAUACCCGAGACCCCUCCCAUCACGGAUGAUUAUACACAAGGCACUCCCAUUAAUGAUGAUCAUAUAGGAGGCAAGCUCUUCAAGGAUGAUUAUACAAGAGGCUAACCCCUCAAGAAUGAUUAUACUUGAGGCCUCAGACAAAGAUGAUUACACAUGAAGUAACCUCCUUAAGGAUGGUUAUACACAAGGCCUCCCCUCACAUGGAUAAUAACCUAUCCUCUCACAUAUGAUUAUAUUUUCAGCCAUCACACAGGUGUAGGGUUGGGUGAGCAAUUUAGACAUACAAAUGUCUAAAUCUGGGAACAAUUUAGACAUGCUGAAUUUGUAUUUAUGUCAAAUGAUGGUAGUGAAGAGCACAAAGUGCUAACAACAAUGUAGAUAAAACACAAAGAAGAAGGUAGAUUUGAAUGCAUUAUGUUUUGCCUAUAAGGUUUUAUCCUAAAGUCUACUCUCUUCUUAGUGCUUAUUGGCAUCAUUUGACACACAAGUAGUCCUGCUUUACAUUUCCAAAGAUUCAGAUUUUAUUUUCAAUUUGAAUGUGCUCCUUUGUUUAUUAUAAUAUUCUAAAUUAUAUAAAACGCUGAUAAAUAGGGUGUAUCGAUGUAUAUGUAUCUGUUUUAUUUUGGUGUACUGGUAAAAUUUCAACCAAUAUCUCCUAUGCUUUUAUUUUUUCACAGGUGGGUAUAGCAGAUGAUUUCUGACUCCUGUUAACAGGCUUAGAACUCUCCCUUCCACAACAUAUCUUAAGCCUUACUGAACCAGUUUUCCCUGGGGGACUACAAUUGGCUUAACCAGUCACCCAAGGGGACCUGGUAAGGACCAGUGACCAGUUGUGUGUUCUUUACACUGCUGAACCCAGGUCAGUAUUACUCAUGAAGUAUAGGAUGAGCAUGCUGUCAUCCUAUGAGGGAUUGUGAAAGAAGUGAACAAAUGGUGUAUACUAAAAAGUGAGGUGGUUGAGGCAGACACCAUACCUCAGCUUCAAGUGCAGAUAUGGCACAGCCCAUUGAGCUCAAAAAAUCCAUACUCCAUUUGAUUACAAUUUUAGAGGCAGAGCCAAAGUGCCAAACCCCAACACUUCUGCUCCAGUCCAUUCCCGCCUCCCCAACCAAUCUCCACUUAGCCCAUCCCUACUGUAACCCAUUCUUGCCCUACCUGCCCACUUUCUUGCAGACUACUGCCCUUCAAUUCUGACCAAUCCACACCUUUUCCCAUUAACACCUAACUUCACCCACCCAAUUACCUGGACUGGACAGAAGAGAGAUGACCUCACUUUCUGCAGGUUGGCGUUCAAUCCCCAACUUUCCAAGUCGUUGGGCACUAUUCCUUUGCUUCAUCCUAUUCUUAUCCCUUCCAAGUAAUAUACAGUGGAGCCUCGAUUUACGAUGGUAAUCCGUUCCCAGAGACGUAUCGUAAGUUGAAACGAUUUUUCCCAUAAGAAAUAAAGGAAAUUGAGUUAAUCCAUUCCACGCCCCCCAAAAAUAUUAACUUACAAAAUACAUUUUAUACUGAAUACAAUUUUUUUUUCUAACUACAAAACAGUACAGGUACAUAUGUUUAUCUAACCUUUAUGGAGGACUCUUGAAGGCUUAUGGAAGAUGGUGAUGGGGGGGGGGGAGGAGGAGUGGUGAUACUGUUUGGAAGGGGAGUACCCCUUUCAUUAUAACAUCAGGCAGUGAUUUCUCUUGGAUACACACACACCUACAUUUUGCCUGCAUACCACUAGGACCUGCUUGUUUUUCUCGCUAAAACCUGUCUUAACGACAAUUUUUCCCUUCGUUGUAACACUUUUCUGAAGCGAGACAUCACUGCCUCACUAUGAAUGAUCUCUUGUUUUCCCUUUAUCAUCAUCCUCACAUUUAUUUUUUUAGGUUGAACUUUACCUCUGACUUUCUUGGGACCCAUUGCAUGAUAUAUAAUAAUCAGUUUUAUGGUCAAAAAGGAAAAAUUCACCAUAAAAAUGUAAUUUCUUAUAAGCAUGAUCGUCACUAAGCGGGCGGCUCUAGUAAACCGAGGCAGGUCGACCCGCGCGACCGGGAACCAUGCGUUCAGUCAACCCAAAUGUGUAUCAACAAAUAUCAUUAGUCGACGACACUAUCUUAAGUCGAGUCGCAUUUUUCGAUCAAAUUUGUAUCGUAACUCAAAAUUAUCAUAAUUUGAGGCAAUCGUAAGUCGAGGUGCCACUGUAUAGUUGUAAAGGCUUAGUGCUUUUUCCUAACCUCACCCACCCUAGCCCCUUCCCAUCUUGCAUCCUUCUGCUCAACACACUCCAGAUUGUGCUUGUAUGGGUUGAACUACAGCUCUUGGUCUUGCUUUAUUUGUAGAUUUAUAAUUUACAUGAAGGAUAUAAAUUUUGUGUAUUGAACAUGAAUUCUUUUAAAGCUACCCAUGUGAAGUUUGGUUUUUGGAUUAAUAAUGCAGCUAAGGUACCUGUACUGUAUUUUUUGUAGAUUAAAAUGUAUAAAGUACAUGUAUAUUUUUUUAUGUAUUCAGGUGUUUAAGGGUAUUGAUUGUCGUGUAAUGCUGAAAUUUGGCGAGACGUGUGCACUGUGGCCUUAUAAUCCAGACAAGCUUGAAUAGUCAUAUUGAAUCUUUCCGUUGCCGUCAAGCUUCUGUGUAACCAAUGUUUUUGUCAAUAAAAAAAUCAUUUGAUCACAAAAACCA